AUGGGUGAGAAAACUGACAACAAAGUCAGCCCGACAACAUUGCCGGAGGAAAACGAGCAUCAUGGACCGCGAGCUUCUGAUCUGCCAUUCUGGAAGCAGCCCGAACUGAGAAAACUCUACGGGCUGACCCUCAUCCUGUUCUUGGGUUCAACCACCUUAGGAUAUGAUGGAAGUCUUCUUAACGGACUCCAGACCAUGAAAUCCUGGAAUGAGUAUUUUGACAGCCCUACCGGAAGCCGCCUCGGUAUUUUCGGAGCAGUGCCCGGGUUUGGGGGCCUCUUUGUUCUCCUAUUCACUCCCUACAUUGCCGAUGGGAUUGGACGCAAGAGAGGUACUGCCAUCGGUUGUUUCUUCGUCGUCCUCGGCUCCCUCCUGCAAACUUUCACGCCAGCAUCCAGUGCAACUCGCCGUGAUGCCAUGUAUCUCAUUGGCCGGUUCCUGAUGGGCUUUGGAUCCAACAUCUCAAACGGCACCUGCCCUCUCCUAAUCACGGAAAUCGCACACCCUCGUCACAGAGGGAGGAUCACCACCCUUUACAAUACUAUCUGGUAUCUCGGAGCUAUCUUGGCUGCCUGGACGUGCUUCGGCACGCUCUACGGGCAGAGUGGAAAGAAGCAGUGGACGAUACCUACUGGCCUCCAAUGCUUAAUGCCCGGCAUCCAGAUGUUUGGAGUCUGGCUACUUCCCGAGAGCCCGCGUUGGCUAGUAAGCAAAGGUAAAGAGGACGAAGCGUUGAAGAUGCUCGUCAAGUACCAUGGAAAUAACAAUGCACACGACGAGUUCGUCCAGUGGGAAUUCUCGGAGAUUGUGACCACUCUCCGAUUGGAGCGUGAGGCAGCUUCAAGCACCGGAUGGGCUGAUCUCUGGCGUACGCCUGGCAACCGCAAGCGAUGUGCUCUUAUCAUUGCCACGGCCAUCUUUUCUCAAUGCAGUGGAAAUGGUCUUGUGUCUUACUACCUGGCUCAAGUUCUCAACACGAUUGGUAUCGAAGACUCAAUUACUCAAGCCUACAUCAAUGGAGGCCUUACAAUUUGGUGCUUGGCGGUUUGUCUGGUCUCCGCCUUAUUCGUCGAUCGUAUUGGCCGUCGCGUUUUGUUCCUUACCGCCGGAAUUGGUAUGCUCAUCGCGUUUUCCAUUUGGACGGCUUGCAGCGCUGUCUACGCCAACUCUUCGUCUAAAUCCGCCGGUGUGGCAGUUGUCGCCAUGAUAUUCGUUUUCUACGGUGCUGCAGGAGUCGCAUGGCCUGGUCUAACGGUAUCAUACACUGUCGAGAUCCUACCAUAUCAUAUCCGUGCUAAGGGGCUUACGCUUUGCUUCGUCUUCACUUCUCUCAGUGGAGUCUUCAACCAAUGGGUUAAUCCUCUAGGUUUGGAGGCAUUGCAGUGGAAGUUUUAUUUUGUGUAUAUUGCGGUACUUGUGAUAGAAUGCCUAGUGAUCUAUUUCUUCUUCGUAGAGACCAGAGGUCCCACUCUGGAGGAAAUCGCCGUACUUUUUGAUGGAAAGGAUUCUGCAGCAGCCAUGGGCAAAAUCCAGGCGAACUCCAAGAUAGAGGAAAGUGUUGAGUUGAAGGAGCAUGCAUAG